UUCUGUUAGCUCCUUAAAAGAAUAAUGGCGCGUGCUGAGUUUCUUUUAGUGGCCUGUUUAUUAGCCAUCGCCUCUUCUUUAUCUAUUAGGCAUAAUGAGAGUGCUAUCUGGGAUUUGGAAGAAUAUAUAGAAAUAAAAAAAGCGGAAAUUGGUUCUCGUUAUCGAUUACAGUACCAUGUUUCUCCACCAGUCGGGUGGAUGAACGAUCCCAAUGGCUUCUCUUACUAUAAAGGAGAAUUUCAUCUCUUUUAUCAAUAUUACCCUUAUGACAGUGUGUGGGGUCCUAUGCAUUGGGGGCAUUUUUCAAGUCCAGACCUCGUUCAGUGGAAUCAACUUCCUACUGCUCUAAUUCCUGAAGAAGAGAUGUGUUUUUCUGGAAGUGCUGUAGUCGAUGGUGAUACUUUAACUCUUAUCUACACUGGAAGAGAGGUAAUUGAUGAAGAACCUUUAUAUAAGGAAAGUCAAUUUCUUGCAUUUAGUGAUGACGGUGUGAACUUCCAUAAAUAUGAGAAUAAUCCCGUUUUAACAAGUAAAGUUGCAGAUUUCCGAGAUCCAAAAGUGUGGAAAUAUGGAAAUGAUUGGUAUAUGGUAGUUGGUACUAAAACUUCAGAUGAGUAUGGAAAAGUUGAGCUUUAUUCUUCUAAGGAUCUUAAAAGUUGGGAGUUUUUGUCCGUGAUUGGAGAAUCUACUGGUGAAAUGGGUUAUAUGUGGGAGUGCCCCGAUUUCUUCAAUUUAGAUGGAAAAUUCAUAUUGCUCAUGUCUCCUCAGGGAAUCCAGCCACAGGGAGACCGUUAUAAGAAUACUUACCAGACAGGCUACAUAAUAGGAAGUUUUAAUUACGAUACAUUCGAAUUUAUUCCUGAGGUAGAAUUCCAAGAAAUCGAUUUUGGUCAUGAUUUUUACGCCAGUCAAACGACAGAGCAUAAUAGUAAACGUUAUUUAGUAGCGUGGUUUAGUAUGUGGGAUGUGGAACACCCAGAAGAUAUUGAUGGAUGGGCUGGAGCAAUGACAAUUAUCAGGGAAUUGAAUUUAGUUGGAGAUCGAAUAACUGUAAAACCUAUAGAGGAAAUGUUGACACUACGACAAGAAUCUAUUAAAACGGGCGAAUUUGCUAGCGAUGAAGUACUAACUUUACCAAAGGCAUCAGAAUUGAUUAUUACAGGAGACUUAAAUGAAAAAAUUGAGUUGUUAAUCGAAGGAACUGAAGGAGGAGGCAAGGUCUGGCUACGUUGGGACCCUGUAGUUGGUAAAGUUGUUGUAGAUAGAGGCUCUGAAGAUAUAAGACAAGUAGAGUGGUUACCGAUAGGAGAACAAAUUUGGAGAGUAUUUUUGGACACCAGUAGUUUGGAGCUAUUCUGUGGCGAGGGAGAGGUCGUUUUUAGUAGCAGAGUGUAUGCAGAUGGUGAAUGGAAAAUAUCAAAUUUAAGUCCGCAAUCUUUAUUAGUAGACGCUUAUAGUUUAGCUAGAAGUGUGUCUGUUUAAGUCAAUUAUGAUCUCAAUUUCGAUUAAUAAAAUGCAAAUGUAAGAAUAGUCAUGUUGUGGCUACUUAAAAUUAUA